AUGCGAGCUUAUAAUCAAACGAUUAAAAUGUUAAGGAAAUUAACAAAAAAAUUAGGAUUAAAAUAUCCAACAAUGGAAGAUGCUAAAUGGACAUUUUGGGGAUCGAUCUUUUAUUCACUUACUGUUUAUACAACUAUUGGUUACGGAAAUAUCUACCCAGCAACGACAAUUGGACGUUUGUUGACGCUAAUUUAUGCAUUCUUUGGUAUACCGCUAACAUUAUUCUCACUAAUCGUGUUAGGUGGCUUAUUCGCAAGAUUAUGCAAAAUAUUAUGGAUGAUGGUGGCUAAAACAUUAGCUCGGUCAUCCCGAUUUGUCUCCAAAGAUCUUGAAAAACAGAUUGAAGAGAAAAUGAUUUUACCAGAAAUAGUCUUGGACGAAAAUGAGGAAUUGCUCAAUUUUCCGGUAGGCGGUCUAAUUGUGAUUACAAUUCUUUGGGCUUUCAUUUGUGCCGGAUUGUUUCUUAUUUUCGAAAAUGAUUGGUCUUACGGGACAUCACUUUAUUUUACACUAGUAUCAUUUACAACUAUUGGAUUUGGUGAUGUUUUGCCCAGUCAACCGGACUAUAUUGCGCACAUUGCCAUAUGUCUCUUAAUUGGCCUUGCAUUAGUCUCAACUGUCAUUAAUGUUAUACAACAACAAAUUGAAGCAUUAGCUAUGGGAAUGGAUAAAAAUAUCGACAAAGAAUAUAAAAAUGCAUUGGAAAAGCUAGAAUGCAAGGAUGAUCAAUUCGAAUACCAUGCUGAUAGCAGUGAUGAUAAUGAUGAUAAUGAUGGCGAUAAUAUCGCUAACCAGGAACUAUCAAAAGGUUAA